AUGACUAAUAGGUAUGAACAAGGUGACAGUAAAGCAUCCGCAAACCCUGGAAGUCUGUACAUUUACCACCCAGCAACGAACGGCAACGACCACCGCCAGCGACGUGGCAGCCAAACGGACAACAACAACAACACCACCACCAUCCAUGAGCACCCACCACCAUCCACGAGCGCCCACCACAACGACCACGCAAAUGGCGCAACGCCACGUCACAACGACGACAACGCGACGAACCCACCACCAUCCACGAGCGCCCACAACGACCACGCACGCCGCAACGCCAACGACGACGACGACGUUGACAACCGGACACGACGCCAACGAGGACGACAACACGCGAGGACGACGACGCGACGCGAUGACGCGUCGACGAUGCGCGCCAACGAGACCACUCCCUCCCCCUCCCCUGCUGCUCACAACUCCUUCCCUCUCCCUACUGCUCACCCACUACCCACCAUCCCCUUCCCCCUCCCUUACUCCCCCUCCUUUCCUGCUCACCACUCCCUCCCUCUCCCUACCCCCUUCAUUCCCAACCCCCUCCCUUCAUUCCCUACCCCCUUCAUUCCCUACCCCCUGUCUUCAUUCCCUACCCCCUGCCUUCAUUCCCUCAUUCCCUACCUCCCCUCUCCCUCACUGCCCUCCCUUCAGUUUUUCCCCCCCCCUCUAGUUCUUCAUUCCCCCCACUCCCCAGCACCCCUACCCCUCCACUCCUUCCCCCUCACUCCCUCCACUCCCUCCACUUUUCCCCUCUCCCUCCACUCCUCCCCCUCCCUCUAUCUAGAUUCAAUUGUGUAUUGGUGUAAAUUCCCAUUCCUGUGGAUUCCAGUCCCAUUCCUGUGGAUUCCUGUGGAUUCCUGGGGAUUCUGGUCCCAUUCCUGCGGAUUCCUGUGGAUUCCUGCAGAUUCCGGUCCCAUUCCUGCGGAUUCCGGUGGAUUCCUGUGGAUUCCAGCGGAUUCCUGCAGGAAUGGGAGGGGCACUGUAAAGUACUGUGAUUCUCUUGUGCGAAUCGUAGUCGCCUGGACAACCCCAUCCAAGCCGCAUGCACCUGUAGAGCAUCUGAAGAUUCUCUCAAGAUAG